AAAAAAAGGUUGAUUCAAAAGGGAUGCAAUGCUUCCCUCUGCCUGUAAAAAGGAAACAUCACAGCAGCCAAUCUGUCUUCACAGCUCAAACUAGGAGGUGAUUUUUUUCUUUUCUUUUCUUUAUUUUUUUAUUUUUUUUUUUUUUUGCAUAAGUGAUACCACUUAACAUCCAAGAGACAGAGGAAGAAAGAAAAAGAGAGAGAGAGAGAGAUUACUUGUACCUGCAAAAGGCAACUCAGCAGACUGUCUCAGAUUGCUUCUCACCAGACACAGGAAAGCAAGACGUUCCCAGGACUGGAACACUCUAGCCUUUAAAAGGACCAAGAGCAAAGACAGACUAAAGGAAAGGCCACAAGUUUGCAAAUUUUAAAACUGAAAGGAAGUAUUUUACUUGACUCUGACAAUGACUGAAAACUGUGGACUUGGCGAUAAGAGGAUUACUGCUUAAUAUGCAUAUGACUACGAGGUAAUACACAGUUCAGGAAACUUGGGUCAGUAGCCAGGUGAGGAGCAGGUGAUCUUUUUCUGCUCCAUAGUGACUUUUGCACUGACACAUUCUUCCUGUCCCUGUUAUGGAAUAUAGAUCUUUUCAAAUUUUUGGAAAGGGUAAAGCAAAAACCUAAAUUGUGAAGUGGGAACAGAGAAGGAGAACAUACACGAGGCCUCACUGGUCUCUUAUACAGAUGCUCCAACACCGCAUGGGGGAAACAGAUGUCAAUGAACAAUGCACAGGGCCCCUGCAGCUUGUUAAUAUCACCAUGGUCAAUGGGACACUGAAUAGAACUGCAUUGGAGGAUGACAUCCAGAACAGUUACUUAUCUCUCCUGUUUGGCAUCCCACUCAUACUGCUGAUUGUCCUUGGCAACAUUCUGGUGUGCCUAAGUGUACUGACAGAGCGUUCAUUAAAGACUGCAACCAACUACUUCAUUGUUAGCCUGGCAGUGGCAGACCUGCUGCUGGCCGUCUUGGUACUGCCACUGUAUGUCUAUUCAGAGUUUCAGGGUGGAAUUUGGACACUGGAUACAUACCUCUGCGAUGCUCUCAUGACCAUGGAUGUUAUGCUGUGCACAUCCUCCAUUUUAAAUCUCUGUGCUAUCAGCGUGGACAGAUACAUUGCUGUCAUAGUACCCUUGAAAUACAACAGGAACCAAUGCAGUGGGCGUCAGCUCAUACUGAUUACAGCUACCUGGAUUCUUUCUUUUGGGGUUGCCAGCCCUGUCAUCUUUGGUUUAAACAAUGUCCCAAGCAGGGACCCGAAGAUCUGCAAGUUAGAAGAUGAUAAUUUCAUUGUAUACUCCUCCAUUUGUUCUUUCUUUGUGCCUUGUCCAGUCAUGUUACUUUUGUAUUACUGGAUGUUUCGGGGACUGAAGAAAUGGGGGGCCAGCCGCAACAUCACUCGGCAUGAACCCCGGUUUGCCUUCAGCCUGAAGGGUAUCACAAGGGAGAGGAGAGAAAAGGUGAAGUACCUCAUGCCUAGCCUCAGUCCAGACUCAGCCAACAAAAGCAUUCCAGAAAAUGAUCUGAUGACCACACAAAUGGACAGCACUUCAGACAUUGAGGCUCCAGAAAAAACAAAAGAGGAAAGCUCAAAGGAGAAUGGAAUUAAACAUCUGCGGCAUCCAGCCAAAGUGUCACGAAUGAAAAGACGGAGAGUAAGCGGAAGAGAAAGAAAAGCAAUGAGAGUUCUUCCUGUAGUUGUAGGUGUGUUCCUAGCUUGCUGGACACCCUUCUUUGUGGUCCAUGUGACAAAGGUCCUAUGUGUGCCCUGUGACAUUGGCCCAACAUUGAUCAGUGUCGUCACUUGGCUGGGGUAUGUGAACAGCGCUGUUAACCCAAUCAUCUACACAGCUUUCAAUGUUGAAUUUCGUAACGUGUUUCAGAAACUGCUUGGCUGCCGUUCAUGAAGAUACGGAACACAACUAGUGGGGAAAAAAGAUCUAAAGUUGUAAUCUAUGCUAAACAUUCAGAAAACUUUUGUCACAUUUUGAAGUAUGUUACAAACACUCACUGUGUUAAAGGAUCUGGUAAUUUGAGAUGCCUUAUGCAACAUUAUAUGACAGCCCCUCAUGUGAAUGUGCCCUGUUCACCUGGCUUUUUUUUCCACCUAGAAAUCUGACUGUGUUAACUGUGACUUCUUGAAUCACCUUUGUCAAGCUAAUGCCAAUAUUGAAUCAUGCUGUGAUGUAAAAGUAUAAGCAGUCAUUCGUUUGGAUCAUAGUCUGGCAUCUCUGAAAACAGACAAAUAUUGCACACAUUUGACAUUGUUACACAGGAAACAGUAACUCUGCUGUUUUCAAUAAUAAGGAAGUGGUAAUAGGCUUAACUUCUCAAUCAUCAAAAGAUGUCCAAGUUUAGCAUCAUAGUUUGUUCUCUUAAAAUAAGGGUCCUCUGGCUUUCUGUGAUACAUGCAUCAACUUUAGACAGUAACAGAUUCUCUUUUCAAACAUACACAUGCAUAUAUAGAGACACACAUAUCCAGGAUAACAUUUUUUUUUUUUGUUCAAAAUACAAAGUUUGCUUCAUUCUAUCAGAUGAAUAAGCAGCUCAGAUUGAAAGGGCUGUCUGUAAGAUGAUACAUCUAUGUGACAAAGGAACAGUGAAUGCCUAGAUUGCAUUAUAAAGAACUCACACGUGUACUGCACAAAUUUAAGUAUACCUUUUUUUAUCGUUGUUAUGAACAAUAACUGCUGAAAGAUAACCUAGGAUUUUAUGCUUCUGAUUUCUCAUUUUAUCCAGGAAGAUAAUGCCAUAAGAAGGUGUUAUACAAACUACCAAGGGUUUCUAUAAUCUGUUUUAAAAGCAAUGUAUUCAUCAAGCAAUUUUGUUCAUGUAAACAUGCUGAAGUAGUCGCAUUUAAUCACCAGCCACCUCAUAAAGAUAUUAAACUUAAUGUUACUGAUAUCACA